GUGUCAAAAUUUUUUUUGAAUCAUUUUAUUAGUUUUUGACUUAUCUUCCAUUAUCCUGAAUCAUCAUCAUAAACAUAUUGUUUAUUGUAAUUUGACAAUUGUAUCAUUGUUUGUGUUGAUCGCUAUCAUCGUUUGUUUUUAGGCGUAAUAUUUACUCUGUUUUUUUUUAAUUUUUGCUGAAAUAAAAAAAAAUCUUGAUCGGUUAAUUUUUGUUCAUCAAAAUGAGUUUUAACAAUUAUCAAUCGACCAGCAAUACUGGUGGUGGUGGUGGAUUCGAUGGAUUCCAAGAUUUUCCUAAAUUGGCUCAAAUUGUAGCCAAUAAUGUACAGAAAAUUUCAAACAAUGUCAGUCAAUUGCAGCGAAUGGUCAAUCAGUUGGGUACUCCACAAGAUUCGGAAAAUCUUCGCUCGCAAUUACAUCAGAUUCAACAUUAUACCAAUCAAGUAGCUCGAGAUACAAAUAAAAGCCUAAAAGAAUUGGCAAACAUUCCGGCAUCGGGAAUAGCAUCCGAACAAAAACAACGACGGAUGCAAAAAGAACGUUUGACGAAUGAUUUUUCGGAAGCGUUGAAAAAUUUUCAGGUUAUUCAAAGGACGGCUGCACAAAAAGAAAAAGAAAGUGUUAUUCGUGCACGAGCAAAUUCGCAUAUAAAUGAUUCGAAUAAAUCAGCUUUGAUCGAUUUGCAAAGUCCGCAAUCAUUUCAGGCACCAAGUCAACCACCUUCACAACAGCAACAAUUGCAUAUUGAAGAGGAUGUUGACAUCCAAUUAUUACAGGAGCGGGAACAAGCAAUUCGUAAAAUUGAGUCCGAUAUUGUUGAAGUUAAUCAAAUAUUCAAAGAUUUGGCCACACUAGUUCAUGAUCAAGGUGAAAUUAUUGAUAGUAUCGAGGCAAAUAUUGAAUCAACAAAUAUUCAAAUUCAUGAAGGAAAUGAGCAAUUGGUUAAAGCUAGUGAUUAUUCUAGACGAGCACGAAAAAAGAAAAUCAUCAUGAUCCUGAUAUUUUUGAUAAUAUUGGCCAUAAUUAUUACGGUUAUUAGUGUUUCUAAAUGAAACCAAUUGUGAUCCUAUUCCGAUGUCAGUUUCAAGGCCAGCUUGCAUGGAUAUAUGAAAAUAAUCAAAUC